AUGGACUCCUCCAACCCAUCACUUUCUCGCCGUUUAUCCUACGAAAGUACAACGACAAGUGAAUUCGAGGUCAUAUCUCGUGAUCGUUCCUCAUCAUCCGGUAGUGCUAGAGACGGUAGUUUUGGCCAGGAAAUAUCCAUUUCCUCCUCACCAUUGCCCGGUGCUUCAAUCGAGAUACCCGAUUUGUACUCAGGAGAGCAUGACGCUCCAGAACAAAGCUUACAGCCUAGUGACGACGAUCCAACUGCGAAAUCGACAUUGCUUGACAGAAGUACUGGCGCUCCUUCACUCACAAACACUGCAUCGCAAAUAUCUGUGUCCGAUGUCAGUAUAAUGGCUGGAGAAUCGGCCAGUGUGCUUGGACAAGCAUCACCUGAUGGUGACGAUGGUGAUCGCUCAACAAAAUGUAGUGCAUCUCAAGCAUCUGAAUCUGACAUCAGUAGGAAAGCAAGGGAGUCUGCAGGGAUGCUUGAACAGGUGUUCCACGAACUGUACACACUCAAAAGACGAAAUUCCAUGGUGGACCUUCCAGAAAAGCAGUCGCGAUCAUUCUUACAAAUCAUCGUUGUGCUAGGCAUUCUUAUAGCUGCCGUUGCAAUAUUUCUAGGAUGUUACGUUCAGUUACUGAAGGAACGUCGUCAUUGCAAAGAUCUAGAAGAACAACUGGUGAUAAUGAAUGAUCUUAUAGAGAAACUAGAGUAUCAGCGUCGACUGGACGAGACAUCGAAGCGAAUCACAGAUGAUAUGAGGGCGGAUAUAGCUGCCGCACGGAAAGAGAUAGCAUUCUCCAGUGUCAAUGCAAUCUUCCCCUGUGUUUCUCCAAUGACCGGUGCUCAUCUCGGUUAG